AAACAUAAAUUGUGUUAAUCAAUGAGCUCAUGCAGGAGAAGGAUCUGUUUUAGAGCUGGGACUAACAGUAAUCUGGAUUAAUCUGCUGAUCGAUGAAUCCGUUGAUUGUAAAUCAAUGAGCCAGAUGAUAAAUGUGCAGGUCACUUCCACAUGGGGAUCCUUUACCUCUACAGGGUCCUGCAGGUGGAUCAGAUGAGGCACGUGGUCCGAGCAGACCUGAUUUAUUCCAGCGCGUCACGCGCGCUCUGCCCUCCGCGCUGCCUAAAUAUGGGAACGUCCUCGCGCAGAUUCACUGGGCUCGUGCAGCUGCUGCUCCAUCCUCCGUCCCGUCACACACCGAGCGGUGCUCCCCUCUCUGUCCGGACCAGCAGCCUCUUUCUCCCGCUGUGAGGAACCCAAACAACCGCCAACAUGGAGGCCAUCAAGAAGAAGAUGCAGAUGCUGAAGCUGGACAAGGAGAACGCGAUAGACCGAGCUGAGCAGGCCGAGGGGGACAAGAAGGGGGCCGAGGACAAGUGCAAACAGCUGGAGGAGGAGCUGCUGGGUCUUCAGAAGAAGCUGAAGGGUGUGGAGGAUGAGCUCGAUAAAUACUCAGAGUCUCUGAAGGACGCUCAGGAGAAGCUGGAGCAGGCUGAGAAGAAAGCUACAGAUGCUGAAGCUGAGGUGGCGUCUCUGAACAGGAGAAUCCAGCUGGUGGAGGAGGAGUUGGACCGAGCUCAGGAGAGACUGGCGACGGCGCUGCAGAAACUGGAGGAGGCAGAGAAAGCUGCAGACGAGAGCGAGAGAGGGAUGAAGGUGAUAGAGAACAGAGCGUCGAAAGACGAGGAAAAAAUGGAGAUCCAGGAGAUGCAGCUAAAGGAGGCCAAACACAUUGCAGAAGAGGCAGACCGUAAAUAUGAGGAGGUGGCUCGUAAGCUGGUGAUCCUGGAGGGGGAUCUGGAGCGUUCAGAGGAGCGAGCUGAGGUGGCUGAGGCUAAAUCUGGUGAUCUGGAGGAAGAGCUGAAAAAUGUAACCAACAACCUGAAGUCUCUGGAGGCUCAGGCUGAGAAGUACUCGCAGAAGGAGGAUAAAUACGAAGAGGAGAUCAGAGUUCUCACCGAAAAACUGAAAGAGGCUGAGACUCGUGCAGAGUUUGCAGAGAGAUCUGUGGCCAAACUGGAGAAGACCAUUGAUGAUCUGGAAGAGAAACUGGCUCAGGCCAAAGAGGAGAACUUGGACAUGCACCAGGUCCUGGACCAGACCCUGUUGGAGCUCAACAACAUGUAGAGAUCUGAUCCAUGACCUAAUCAAUAAUCUGACCAUUACCCUGAUCAAUACCCUGGUCAAUAAUCUGAUUAUUACCCUGAUCAAUACCCUGGUCAAUAAUCUGAUUAUUACCCUGAUCAAUACCCUGGUCAAUAAUCUGACCAUUACCCUGAUCAAUACCCUGGUCCAAAGUCUGACCAAAACCUAGCUAUACCUUGAUCAAUGAUCUUACCAACAGCCUGACCAAUGAUCUGACAAUUACCCUAAUCAAUACCCUGAACAAUUAGAUGAAAACAGCUGUUUGUAUAAAAACAAAGUUUGAGGAGUUAUUGAAUCUGUGGACCAAAAUAACUGUUCUGUGUCACUACACGCAGUUGAACAAUGAAGCACACAAGUUCUGAAACAAGAUCCUGUCCAAUAAACUGAUCAAUAAACUGUUCAAUAAACUGAUCAAUAAACUGUU